CAGGUCAAGAAUCUGGGUGCCGACGCUGUUUUCGAUUACAACGAUCCAACCUCCGCCAGGGCGAUUAGAGAGCAAACGAACGACAGUCUUACGUUAGCUUUUGAUACGGUAUCGGUGGAGAGCAGUGCCACGUUCUGUGAUCAUGCGCUAUCGACCAAGGGCGGCGAGUACAGCUCACUCCUGCCAAUAAAGACUGCUCGUGACAAUAUUCGAGACCGAUCCACUAUGGCCUAUACGGCGUUUGGUCGGAGUUUCAAGUUUGGGCCAAGAGAGGUUCCUGCUCAACCAGGCGACCGGGCGUUUAUGGAACAAUUCUCUGGCAUUUUCCAAGACUUGCUGACCAGUGGCAAGAUUAAGACACAUCCUCCUAGGAUUGGUAAUGCCGGGCUAAAUGGUAUCUUAGAUGGGCUUCAGCUAUUAAGGGACGGUAAGGUUCGUGGAGAGAAGCUUGUUUAUAAUAUCAGAGAUACUCAUUGA